UAGAGUAUAUACCUUGAAUCUGUUUAAUUUAAUGAUGGCAGUGAAAUGGAUAUUGUUUGCUGUUUUGUCUUCGGUUUGCUUUAACAUUUCGUUGCAGGAUGAAAUCUGUAGUAGUCCCUCUGUGACCUCAAACAUAUACACCACUACUGAUGGCGUGAUUCUAUCUGAUAUUGCCUUUAUUGCAGAAUUGGUUGUCACUUGCCAAAAUGGAGUGAAGGAUUUGGCUUUAUAUGCAGACGUUGAUGGUGUGACAAUUCCAGCUAUGAAAUCUCUAGAUAAUAACAAAUAUCAGGUUAGUUGGACAGAGGUACCUAAAAAAGUUCAGGAUGGUGUACGCAUUUUGCGUAUGUAUGAUGAAGAAGGGUACUCUGCUUUAAGAAAGGUUCAGCGUAGUGGUGAGGAUACAUCGAGCAUCAGACCUUUAUUUACUGUAACCAUCAACCAUCAAGGAACAUAUCAAGGUCCGUGGGUCCAGAGUGAGUUGAUUGCAGUGUUAUUGGCUAUGUUCCUCUGGUACCUAGCGUACUCUACAAAAUCAAGGAUACAAUCAUGAGAAACCAUAUUCUUUAGCUUACAAAUCAUUGUCUGUUGUCAAAGUAAAUAAAAAUAAUUAAAUGAUA